AUUUUCCUAGUCGUCGAUUACGGAAGUGGUGCUGUGAUACUGCUUUUGUUUACAGAAUUGAUAUGAUCCACGUGUAGUGUUUAAAUGAAUUAAUGACAUUGAGUAUUUAGAUUUAGAUUAUUCCAAAUCAUUUCUUAUUUCGACAUUAAGUCUGUAAUGCACUAAAAACUCAAUAGCAGUCCGUUAUGAGGAGCAGUUCGUCCGUGUCUCUGGCGGGCGGUCGUGGUUCGGCCUCGGUUCGGCUGAUCAGUCCACCCGCCUGUCCCUUUGCCGCUCGGGUGGAUGCUGCCGUUGAAUAUUUAAUGGUAAAGAAAGACUUUCAGGCUGCUCUGGACACCUGCGAGAAAGGACUUGAGAGUUUGGGACCUUCUGCAGAACAGGAGGAAAACUGCUUCAAGUAUGCAGAACUGAAAGCAGCUUUGACUAUAGUGGGGAUUCAGGCACUGGCUGAGCUCAAUCAGUGGCGUGGAGUUCUGUCAUGGGUUUUGCAGCAGUAUGGCGAAACAGAGAAAAUUCCUGCCAAGAUUAUUCAAAUGUGCAUUCUACUCUAUGUGAAAGUGGAUGAACGGGCUGUGAUGAAGGAUGCGGUCUGUGAUUGGCUGCACUGCUUUGGUAACAUGAGCCAAUCAGGGUUCAGCACUGUGGCUGAGCUGUAUUUUCUCCACAUACUGGUGCCGAUGGGUCACAUGACUGAAGCUCUGGAAAUGCUGGAGAGCGAUGUGGGUCGGGUGGCAUUCAGUGAUGAACAGAGACAAGCAGCCCGUAGUUUAGUAGACAUUCAAAAUGAGAAAAAUGCAGCAUCGUCCAAUUCAAAUCCUGAAUCUGUAGAAGGGGUGGCAACAACUAGUGCUUCAAAACAAGAUAGAUCCACCCAGCGUCUAACUUCUAUAAUGAGGCUGUUAUACAGAAGUCUCUCAGUAGCCAGUGUGAGAAUUAGAUCCAUCUCUCUGCGCAGAGUUUUUCUGGCGUUAAUGUUGCUGUAUCUUCUUCUCGUCCGUAUGGACCCAGCUCUUCCUUCAGCUUUCCCAUGGCUGCUCCGCCUGCACGGACUCCUUCAGCAGACGUGGAACACCAUGUUUGGACCUUAUUACAGAGCUAGCAACAGAAGUUAAGAGUUUUACUGGAGUUGAACUGCGAGAAAAUGGUGCUGCCCAAAAUUGUAAUACUUAUAGAUCCCGUGUUUGCUAUGGACAUCAAUUGUUGGUGAAUAUAGUUAUAGAUAAAUCAUUGACUAUAGAAGAUAGUACUUAUAGCCUGUUUAAACUGGACAGGAUCCUGUAAAGUAAUAUUUUACGCAGAUAUUAUGUAAUAAACUGUAUAUGUGAA